AUGAGUUAAGAUACUGAUGAAAAUAAACAAAUUGAAGAUAAGCAUCAAAAUCAGAUUCACUUUGAUGUCGAAAGUCACUUAGAAUUAUCGAAAUUUCCAUUGAAGAGAGAUGAUAGUAUAACCACUAAUUAUUUAGAAAUAGUUGAUGAAUCUGAACUGAAUUAAAAAUAGAAUCUCAAAAAUUCUGUUGAUUCGUUGAAACUAAACUUAGACAUUUUAAAUUUUUCUGAUUAGAAACGUUAGUCAAUUAGAAGCUAAAGUAGACAAAUGCUUACGCCUUUUUAGAUAAGAAAAAGAAGUUAAUAAAUUAAGUAUUCUAUUGACGAAGGAAGCACAUCUUCUGCCUAAACUCCAAAUUCAAGAGAUGGGAAAUUAAGUAACUUUACUAGGAGAAGUAGAAUGCUAAAUUUUGUUAACUUGUUUUUAAAUGUAAAGUUAUUUGUUGAUACCCUGCAAAUUAAUUUAAGAGUUUUAAGCAAGCUAACAUAGGAAUAGCAUGAUGCUAUUAACGAUGUUAGUUCUACUUUUGGAAAUUCAAAUCAGAAAAAAUAAUUUUUUAAUAAAUAUAAAAUUGAUGUAUUAUAAUCAAAAAUAUUUAAAUUUCUCCCAAAUAUUCCUGUAUUUAGUCCAUAUAGUAUCUAAAAAAGAAUAUGGGAUUACCUCUAAGUUCUCAUAAUCUUAGUAUUAUUUUAUUUAAUUAGCUUGAGCAUAUUUUUUGAUUUAAGUAUUAAAUUUAUGAUACUCGACUUUUACAAAAUUUGUUUGAGCAUGUUUAUAAUCGAUAUGCUCGCAACCUUUAAUACUGGAGUUUUAUAAAAAGGUUCUGUAAAUUAUAGUAGGAUAAGCAUAGCGAUAGCUUAUAUAUAAAAAUACUUACUGAGUGAUAUACUUGGAAAUUUAUCAUUAAUGAUUUUCAUUCCAUUGAAUGAAUCGGAUAAUGAAAAGUAUAAAUUUAUUUAAAUUUUAAUCUUUGCAAAAUGGGUUAAGCUCAGAGACAUUUUUUAGAGAUUGAGUUUUUAUUUGUGCUAUGAGACAAAUUAGAAGAAUAUACUUGAUAUUAUUAGACUAUUCUUUUUAUUGAUAGGAAUUUGCCAUAUUUUUUGUUGUUUUUGGCAUGGAUUAGCUAUGUACGAAAUCAGCAUAGGAAAUUAAAAUACAUGGAUGCAUCAUCUAAAUAUAGUCAAUACUUCAAUCAUGGUAAGAUAUACUUACUCCUUUUAUUUUCUCUCAGUAACUAUGAUAACUGUUGGUUAUGGAGAUAUUACUCCUCAAAAUCCUAUUGAAAUAGCCUUUACAAUAGCAACUAUGUUUGUUACAGGAAUCGUGUAUGCAUUUUGUCUGAACACAAUUGGAUUUAUCAUUGACGAUAUUGAAAAAAAGAAUAAAAAUUAUAAAGAAAAUAUGUAAGCUAUACACUAACUUAUGAGAGAAGAAAAUGUGAAUAAUGAUAUUAGAACUAAAGUGUCUAAUUACUUAGAGUAUUUGCAUAAAGGAUAAAAUGAGAUUUUAUAAAAUAAGCAGAAAACUAUAAUUGAGAAAUUUUCUUAAUAGUUGUAAAGAGAUUUCAUGAUUGAAGUAAAAGGAAAAUAUAUUAAGGACAUUCCUAUUUUUAAAUCCUUGACUGAAAAAAAUUAAGUUAUUCUUUUGAUGGAAGAAGUAGUUUAUUCCCCAGGAGAUUACAUUUAUAAGUAGGAAAAAAGAGACGAUUAUUGCCUAUAUUAUAUAGUAAAAGGAAAAGUGGAGUUAACUCAGACUCAUUUUAAAGAAAAAGAAAUUGUUCUAACAACGAAAUCUAGGCAAGAGUAUUUUGGUGAAAUUUCUUUUAUUACAGGAUGCAUAAGAUAGCAUACAGCAAAGGCUGUUGAUUUCUGUAGAGUGUAUAAAAUUAAUAGAUAAUAAUUUCUUAAUGCCAUAAAAUAGGAUGAUCAUGAUUAUGAACUAUUUUAAAUGCUUAAAGAUACAAUAAUUUAUUAAAAAGAAUAUCAAUAGUGUACAUAAUUAUGCAAAACUUGUAAUCAAAAUGGCCAUUACAAAACAUAUUGCCCUAAAACACAUUAUACAUUAAAUAAAUAAAUUUUAGCUGCUAAAUUAUUUUACUCAGAGCCUCAUGCUAAAAGAAUGGAUUUUCAUAGAAGAAAUAUAAGCAAGUAAAAAUGUUUAUUAUUACUUAAAUAGCUUGAUGAAGCUUAUUUCAAAAUAAAUGAAAAUUAAGAUUGCUUCAAUGCAUUGGAUGAAAUUGAGAGAGGAUUAAAUAUAUUUGAAGAAAUGAAUAUUGAUGAAAUAAAUGAUUAGUAUCUUGAAUGUAUAAAUGAAGAAGAUGAAAAUAUGAAUAGUGAACCUCUACUACAAUAAAAAUAUUUUAAAACAAAUUAUUCUAUAGGAUCUUAAAAGAGAAUCUAAAUGACUCCAAAUUUAUUCAAUUAGGAUACGACAUAAAAGCAGAACUAGCAAUACUAAUUACAUUUUAGAUGUUCAUUGCAAGAAUUUGAUGUAAAUGAAAAUGGUUAUAACAAUAAAGUAAACUCUUCAUCUUCAAAUUCUUUUUAAUCUUCAUAAAUGUCGUGUUCUAACUCUGGUAAUAAAUCAAUAAUCUAUUCCCCUAAAAUUAUAUAAGAAAAAUCUAAAAGUUUAAACGAAGAGAGUUAAAUCAACAAAAUUCCUAGUUAUUUAAGAUAAAAAACUUCUUAAAAUGGCAUAAAAUAAGAUGAUUUGCGUAAAAUAGUUACAACAGAUCUCGAUCAAUCUUAUAGCAAAAAUUCAAACACUCUACAAAAAUCAAGCAUAAAUUCAUCAAAUUAAUAGGAGAAUUUAAAUUAAAAGUAAGAAUAUGUUAUCUAAACCAAUUUAUUUGGUCCAUAAAUUUCUCAAAGUUAUUCAUAAAGUAUUACAGAUAUUGAAAAAGUCUAAAAAUUAUAAACAAUUGACUAAGAUAAUAAUGAAAACGAUAUAAAUUCAAGUAAAAGAAAGAAAAUUAAUUUACCUUAAGAAAAUUUAUUUAAUUAUUAAGGAAAUACUGAAGGUUUCUUUUAAAAAAAUGAAAAUUAAUAUUUAAAUGAGAAUUAUCAAACUAAGUUUUGUUUUAAAAUUUAAAAUAAGAAUGAUGCAAGCGAAAAUAUGAUGAGAUAAAACGAACAUAAUUUAGCAGGAUAAAAUAAAUCAAAUCUGUCAAUUAACUUAGAUUAACAUUAAAAUAGAUCUAGAAAAAGCUUUAAAGGUAUAAAAAGAUGUAUAAAUAGUUAAGAAACUCUUCAAUCAACCAUUAAUUAGUUUUUAAAUAAUCUUAAACAAUCAAAUAUUAAACAAGCUUAAGAUUUAAUGACUGUUGGUUUCUCAAAAUCAAGUUUACAAAUGAAUAGAGAUAAAUUUCUAUAUUCUACUAAGUUCGAAGAAAAUGUAGAUACUAUUCAAGACGAAACUAGCUAGAUUCUUAUUAUGCUUGAUAAGCCUCACAUAUUUUAACAUUACUUUCCAUAAUAUAACUUUCCAAUCAUCUUAGAAAAAAGACACAAAUUUUUCAUUAAAAGAUAAGAAAAGAAGAAGAGAGAUAGAAAAUAAAGUUCAUAAAAAAAAUCUGUCACAUAAAAGUAAAAGUUCUUCUUUUCGUAAUAUAUAGGCAAUAAUUCUUGA